AUGUCUCUGGAUAUUUUGGAAGCUGAAGAUGUGUCCUGGCAUGUUUUUGUUGGAGAUGUUGUGGUCAUGAAGAACCCUGAAAACUCGGAUGAUUAUCUGGUUCGAAGAUUAGCUGCCAUGGAAGGGUGUGAACUGGGGUCUACUGAUGAGAAAGAUGAGCCUUUUGUUCUUGAGAAGGAUCAGUGCUGGGUGUUGACCGACAAUGAAAAUCUGAAACCGAAGGAAGCCAGUGACAGCCGCACAUUUGGUCCUGUUUCCAUAACAGACAUAGUUGGCAGAGUCAUAUAUUGCCUUAGGACAGCUGUGGAUCAUGGUCCUGUGCAAAACAGUUAUUUCAGCAUGCAGAAGGAUUCACCUGUGUUGCAAAUUGAAUUGGAUGUCAAUGAGAUGGCCAAUAGUCACAAACCAUAG